AUAAAUAGUCAGGUGGUUUUUGACACAAUCUGCCAAAGAAAAAAAUAUUUUCUUCGCAUUUUUAGUGGCCCUUUUUGUGCGUUUCUCCCCCCAGAGAUCUUUUGGGAAUCAAUCCCAGACGCAGGACUAUGUAUUGUGGCAUGGUGGCGUCGCCCCAAUGAACAUACAUUCCGUCACUGUGCAAUUUAGUGUGAGAAAUCAGGUGGGAUUGUGGUGAAAAAAAUUAUGAGUAUCAUCGUGUCCAUCAGUGACUUGGUGACGGCAAUUUCUGUGAUUCUCCUGCUAUCAAUUGUGCUCGUAUUUGCAUGGAAAUCCACCAAUGUCCGGGAGCUGCAUCUAUCCCCAGCCUUCCUUGUAAUUGAAAACAGCCGUCGACGUCUCAUUGAACGUAUCCACCAGUUUCAGUAUCAGCAGCCCCAUUCACAGGCUUCUGCAGGAAGGAGUACUUCGCAGCAGUCCAAUCACUCGAGUGCGACAGAAGAAGUUGAAUUGGAAAACGAUUCAACUCCGGCCGAUGAGAGUGUGUCCAACACCCCAUCGAGUCUCGAGGAGGACAAUCACCACUUCAACGUCCUGUCUGAGCACCAUGAGCGCUUCCUGAGUCAAGCCGAAGAGAUCAUCGAGAGCCUCGAAGGCCCUGACGAAAUAAUUCGCGAGAUGGAUGACAUGACUGAUGGUAUUCGUCAUAGGCACUGGCGUGACUCAGGCGCCACCCAGGCCCAGUCAGUCGGCGCUGGAAGCAGCCCAGCAGCAGCCAGUCCCAGUGACACUUCCACCAUCGACAACUGUACAAACGAGAACAAUGAGAACGACAUAUCAGAGGGUGCCAGGGACACAGUAGCGCCCCCUGAAGCCCCUCCCCUUGUGGCUGACAUGAGGAUCAAGCUUAAGUACUUGGAUGAUGUCCAGAGGAUAGUCCAGGGGCGUCCCAAUGAGCCCAUUGGGGACUUCAAGAAGCGCAAUUUCAGCGUCGAACUAGCGGCCAAUAAACUCGUCCGGCUCGUGUUCAAUGGACACGUACUGCAGCCCGAUUCCAAGACCCUGCAGGCCUGUGGUCUGUUUGACAACUGCGUCGUGCACUGCCUCAUACACAAGAAGCCCUCGAGUCAUCCACAAGGAAACACGGACAACGGACAAUCUGCAUCAGUCAACGGUUCGGAGUCCGCAGGAAUUUCGCAGCAGCAGCAGCAGAGGAAUGAUCGAUCAACGGACAAUGGUUCGGGAUAUUUAUUUGUGAGCCUUGGUCUCUUGAUUUUAGCCAUCAUCUUCACCUGGUACUGUCGCUAUCAGUACGGAAGCCUCUUCACAUGGUACUCCACAAUUGGUUUGGUCACCAUGACCGUGAUCUUUCUCAUCAUGAUCCCCGUUAUGGUCUUGAUCAAUCGUGAAGUUCCUGUCAACACUUAAAUCCCCUCCCCGCCCUAUCCCAAGAAAAACCCUCCGUUUCUUGCUUCCGAGCAUUUCUUGUUUACUUUCUGGAUUUCCCAUUGCCAGAAUUUGUCCGUUUUGCUGUGCACUUGAUCGACGACGUUUUUACUUUGUCCUCUAAACCUUUAAUUUUUUUUUCCUAUUUUCUGGGAUAUAUAAUUGCAAAUUAAAAAAAAAGAAAAUCUUUAAGAGAAAGGAAUACAAUCUAAAAGGAGAAAAAAAGAUAAUUAAAAUGUUGUGUAAAUAAAUGAAGAAAAAAUAUAUAUGAAUUAUAAAUU